CGAUCAGCUGCUGCAUUACCAUUGCUUGAAGGAGGUCGUCUACGAGUUGGAAAAUGACGGAGGAUUUUGGGAGAAAACGCUAAAGAACGUCUUCGGGAUCCAGCCUUUGGCAGCCGCGCGUCGUUUACAUCGAGAGAUGCAGGCAGCCGUAACGGCCGCUAAGAUCAACCACGACCCGGUCAAGCACCUUCUGAAAGAGGUGCUCACGACCACGACCUCACCAGGAGAAGAGUCUGCCUCUGCCGACAGCCUUUUGGGGAAGGCAGGGAUGAUCAAAAAGCUGC